AUGCUAAUUCGUAUUCUACUUCUAUUCUCCAUUCUGUGUGUGUCAAUAAUAACAAAAAGAGUACAUUAUACUAGUCAAAUUCUACCGAAAGACAUCUUUAUUAGCUCAGAACUUACUGCGCUACCUGAAAAACUAUGCUAUGUUUGGGUAUCUACCCUAUCUUGCAAUAAUCGACAUCGCUACGGUUUGGAUCUACAAAUCAGUCGCAAGAUCUCGCAAGUAGCUAUUCUUCUGCUCGGGGGAGAUAUCGCAACGAAUCCUGGACCAAACUCAACGCGCCCCCAUAUUCAUACUAACGGAAAUAACCAAUCAAUUCUUCGCUGUUAUUAUCAAAACGUGAGAAGUAUAAGAUCGGGAAACAAAUUACGGGAGUUUCAGGAUACAGUGUAUGCCAACCAAUAUGACAUCGUAGCUAUCUCGGAAUCCUGGUUAACAAGUGACAUAUCGGAUUCUGAACUGUUACCUUGGAAUUAUGACAUCUUUCGGUGCGACCGUAAAAGUCUAACGAUCUCUCGCGGCGGGGGUGUCUUGUUAGCAAGUCGUAGUAAUUUACGGUGCAGUCCUGUUGUUUUUACAAAAAACAAUAACAUCGAACUUUCGGCUAUUGAAAUUAACACAAGAAGCAGUGGCAAAAUUCUAGUCGCUGUGGUAUAUAGACCUCCCUGCGCCCAUACUAACUGGAUCUAUGACAUCGUCGAGUCGUUGAAUGAGUGUACCUACAGCAAAGUGAUCUUGCUCGGAGACUUUAACUUGCCAACCAUAACCUGGCUUGAUGGAUCUGGAUUCUGUGAUUCCAGCGAUUCCGCAUCGUUCACGUUCUGUCAAUGCCUUUCAGAUAACAACCUUUUCCAACUAAUCGACUCUCCCACCCGCUUGAAUAAUUGUGUGGAUCUGCUCCUCACGAAUAUUUGUGAACAUGUCAUAAACAUUUCAGUAUCUGAGUGUGAGAGUAUUGGUGUACCAUCUUAUCACAAAGCACUAACCUUUGACUUAAACUUCACUGCACGCACCCCUAAUGAUAAUAGGCAGGAAUCAUUCAACCUUAAAAAGGCUAACUUUGAAGGACUACGAACUGCGUUAAGGAACGACCCGCUCGAGAACUAUUUAGAUACGGAUAAUGACGUUGAACACAACUGGACUUCAUGGAAAACACAACUCUUCUCCAAGCUGAACGCCUUCAUACCGAAGCGCAAGCCUCGUAAGUUCAUAACACCGCCAUGGAUUGAUGGUGAGGUAACCCAUGCAAUACGGCGAAAGAACUCGCUUUGGAAAAGAGGAAAAGAAAAGAACAACUCGGCUACUUGGGAGAGAUUCCGUGAAAAACGUAAGAAGGUAAAUACCUAAUAAGACCUAAACGUAUUGCCUUCCUUAAGAACAUUUCAGACUCAUGCAUUUCUCACCCUGACCGGUUCUGGAGUUACUUCAACCGGUUGACGAGACGUUCCAACAUUCCCGAAACUGUCGAUCUUAACGGACGUUCUCACUCGGAUGCGAGGUCGAAUGCCAACGCGUUUAACACGUAUUUCACCACCGUUUUCAACUCUGAUACAUCAAUACCCAGUAACCUUCCCUCCUCCCUAUACACGCAUGAUAUCGUAUCGACCCUCGAAUUUUCCCACGAAGAAGUAUUGUCCUCUCUACAAAAUUUCAACUCGAGUAAAACACCUGGACCGGACAAUCUCCAUCCGAGAAUUCUGAAAGAAUGUGCAAACGAACUAGCACCAGUGUUUAAAAGAGGAUGUAAAGCUUUAGUGCCCAACUAUCGUCAAAUUUCGCUUCUAUCUAUUGUGAGCAAAUUUUGUGAACGUUGCGUCCUCAGGAACUUACUAUCGAAGCUCAGUCACCUCCUAACAUCUGCACAGCAUGGCUUUGUUCGAGGAAGAUCUUGUAUUACGCAGUUGUUGUCAGUUCUUCACGACGUGGGAACCGCGCUUGAUGCUGGUGAUGAAGUAUACGUCGUCUACCAGGACUACAGUAAAGCCUUUGACUCUGUGCCUCAUGGGCGACUUUUACAUAAACUUUCACUGUUUGGUAUCCAGGGUCCACUGCAUGCGUGGUUUACGGACUACCUACAUUCGAGAUCCAAGAGAGUUGCCAUCGAAGGAACAUUUUCCUCGUGGGUACCCGUAACAUCUGGUUUUCCUCAAGGCAGUAUAUUGGGACCUUUUCUCUUCCUUCUGUACGUAAAUGACUUGCCUGACGUCCUUAGCAAUUCAACAUCUAUUGCUCUUUUCGCUGAUGAUGCAAAAUGUUCCCAUGUUGGUUCGUAA